UCUUCCGCUUCUUCUUUCCACUUCCUCGAGCUCGAGCUCUAGAGAGAGAGAGAGAGAGAGAAAUGGCGACGCUGAAUCCAAUGGCGAUGGCUUCUACGAUCCAACCCCAACUCUCUCUCAUCCCUAUUCGCCCUUCUUCUUCUUCCUCCUCCUCCUCCUCCCCCUCUUCCGCUUCGCCUCUCUCCUCUUCGUUCUCUCCUUCCCUCACACGAUCCGUGAGGAGGAGUCGCUCCUCCGAUCCUUGUACGAAGAGGAGACUUAGCUCUAAGGGGCGGAGGGUGGAGUGCUCGGCGCCGGAGCCGGAGCCGCUGAAGGUGAUGAUCUCGGGCCCCCCGGCGUCGGGAAAGGGUACCCAGUGCCAGAUGAUCGUCGAAAAGUUUGGCUUGGUGCAUAUAUCAACAGGAGAUCUUUUGAGAGCAGAAGUGUCAUCAGGAACAGAGAUUGGAAAGAAAGCAAGACACUAUAUGGAUAACGGCAUGCUUGUCCCAGAUGAAAUCGUCACAGAUAUGGUGGUUCCACGGCUUUCGCAACAAGAUGUAAGAGAAAAAGGAUGGAUUCUUGAUGGUUACCCAAGAACUUCUUCGCAAGCUCAAAGUCUUGAAAAAAUGAAGAUAAGACCAGACAUAUACAUCCUAAUCGUAGUACCAGAUGAGAUUCUAAUUGACCGAUGUGUUGGCAGAAGGAUGGAUCCAGUGACCGGAAAAAUUUACCAUCUCACCAACUUUCCUCCAGAGAACGAGGAAAUUUCUGCACGGCUCAUUACUCGACCUGAUGAUACUCUGGAGAAGGUUAGUUCACGCCUUGAGACAUAUGAGAAAAACAUUGAGGCUAUUCUUCCAACAUACCAGGACAUUCUGAAUAAGGUUGAUGGAAAUCGCUCAAAAGAAUUAGUAUUUAGAGAAAUUGAUUCCCUAUUGUUAAGGGUUCGGGAGAAUGCCUCAAGGACUACAAAGUUAGCCAAAAUUAAAGCAAACUCAUACACCAAUACGGCAAAUGCAGCUCCGCAAAAUGAUACAUGGCGAGGUAUUCCCACAAAAUUGAACAACACUCCUCAUUCUAGGGAAAUAAGGGAAUACUUUUACAAUGAUAUACGGCAAGCUACAAAGAGGGCUGUAGAAGAUAAAAGGAAUCGAUUGAAGGUGGAGAUCAACAUUCCGGAACUUAACCCUGAAAUGGAUGUUUACCGUAUAGGCACCUUGAUGGAACUUGUACGAGAUCUCGCUCUUUCAUUUGCUGAUGACGGGAAACGUGUGAAGGUUUGUGUUCAAGGGUCUAUGGGAGAAGGUGCACUUGCUGGUAUGCCCCUACAGCUAGCCGGAAGUAGAAAGAUAUUGGAAUUUAUGGAUUGGGGCGAGUAUGGUGCCAUGGGUACCUUUAUCAAUAUUGGAUCCAUAGGGGCUAAAGAGGUUGAUGAGCAAGAUGAUAUGUUUAUUCUAGUGGCUCCUCAAAAUGCUGUUGGGAACUGUAUUAUUGAUGAUCUGAAAGCUAUGACUGAUGCUGCUGGUAACCGACCAGUAAUUCUCGUCAAUCCUCGUCUGAAGGACAUGCCUGGAUCAAGUGGCGUUAUGCAAACAAUGGGAAGGGACAAGAGAUUGGAGUACGCUGCAUCAUUCGAGAUCUGUUAUUUCUUCCGCCUUCUUUAUGUUGCAGGCACAUUAUAUCCAAUUAUGGGCGCUUUAAGGAUGUCUUACCCAAAUAACUACGAGCUUUACAAGAGGAUUGACGAACCUGGCAGAAAAGAGAAGUAUGUCAUUAUAGCUGAAUUUCCUGAAAGGCCGACGGUCAACGAAAUUAAUGAUGCUUUCGAAGGAAAAUCCAGAAACAAAGAGAAAACAACUUCUGGAAUCUGGGGGUUUUUGAGCGGUAUACUAUGAAUCGGAGAGGCCACUGUCAAUACCAUUUGAAGUUUGUUUCUGCUGGCGAAGAAAACAAAAUAGUAAGUUCUACUGGCCUUCCAAUUCUUUUUCAGAUUUUGGCUUCUAGCUUUUCUGUAACUCUCCAAUCUAAUGAAGUGACGAUUUUGCAACGGAGCAGGUAGUUAUUCAGCGCGGCUGCUUUUAUAUUAUUGCUGCUGGAUAAUUUAACCCUGUUAUGAUUGUCAUAAAAGAGGUUUAUAGCGUUGUCUAUUUCAUAGCUAUUCUGGAAAUCUCCAAUGUUGUAAUUUAUAAGGAUGAUUUCAUGAAAAAUGCAGUAGGAAGAAGAAAUAUGAAAACCAAAUGAAAACCAAGUAUGGUGAGAGAAAAAGUAUGGAUCUUUGGGAGAAAACAUCACAAGCCUCUGCUUUUCCA